CAUUGAUUGACGUCAAAACGCUUUCCUUUGACGAAGCAAACUCCACUGCAUCUCACAACCCUGCCUCAAUCCCGAACAAUUACAAUACAACUAUAAUCCGACAAACAGACACAAUGCCUCAACAAAUCUUCUUCAUCACCGGCACCAGCACGGGUUUCGGCGCCGAACUCGUCAAGAAGGCACUCUCCGAAGGCGACAAAGUCGUUGCGACUGCUCGCAAUUCUUCCAAGCUGAAGUUCGAUGGCACGAACAAGGACAACUUCUUGGCUGUGGAUCUCGAUGUGACCGAUGAGAGCUCUGUCCACAAGGCCUUCGACGCUGCCCUCAAGCAGUUCGGACGCAUUGAUGUCGUGGUCAACAACGCUGGCUACGGUCUGGCUGGCGAGUUCGAGUCUGUGUCCGAAGAGCAAGCCAGGACUCAAUUCGAGGUGAACUUCUGGGGUCUGUUGCGAGUCACUCGCCGCGCAUUGAAGGUGAUGCGUGAGACAAACUCGCCUCCUGGUGGCAAGAUUCAACAGGUGACUUCCAUUGGAGGCCAGAUUGGUGUACCGUUCUUCUCGAUCUACUGUGCGACAAAGUGGGCCGUCGAGGGUUUCACUGAGACCGUCAGCAAGGAGCUGAAGCCAGAGUGGAACAUCAAGCUCACCAACAUCGAGCCAGGCGGUUUCCGCACUGAUUGGGCUGGCCGCAGCAUGAUCUUCGGCGACUCCAAGGAGCCAGCAUAUGACCACCUCAACGCCGAGGAGUCAAUGAAGAAGCGCAAUGGCUCUCAGCCUGGUGACCCAGCAAAGGGUGCCCGAGCGAUGUGGGAGAUCGCAGCCAUGGACGACCCUCCACUGAGAGUACUCAUCGGCUCGGACGCAUACAAGGGCAUGCAGAACAAGCUCAAGACGUAUGGAGAGGAGGUGCCGAAGUAUGAGAAGCUGAGCAACAGCACCGACGUCGACGGCUAUGAGCCACCACAGUAA